GGGAGAUACAGGUUAGUCCUCGACGUACGACCUCAGCCGAGCCCCACAAUUUUACUUUGCGCAGUGAGACGUUCGUUCAGUGAGCUUUCACGUCCCAUUUCAUGGCCUUCCUCAGGGUCAAAAACGAAUCACUGGCAUCGUUAAGUUAGUAACGUGGUCGUUAAGUGAACCCAGCUUCCCCCGUGGACUUUGCUUCGUGGGACGGUCGCAAAAAAAAGGGGGAUCACAUCACACACACACACACACACACACACACACACCCGCCCCCCUGGGACAUUGUAACCGUCAUAAAUAUGAGUCAGUUGUCAAGUGUCUGAAAUUUUGAUCACGUAUACCCUGGGGAUGCUGCAGUGGUCGUAAAGUGUGGAAAAAAAGGGUCACGAAGUCAUUUCCCCUCCCAGCGCCGUUGUAGCUUCGGUCGCUAAACGGACUUGUUGUAAGUCGAGGACUACCUGUACUGCAGACCGGGAGGGAUGUGGGGGAGGACAAGCUAGGCUCCUUCGGAAAAAAACGGAGCAGCCUUUUAAGAGGCAGGGACUUCCAAUUCCCAGAAUUUCCCCGGCCGGCCGUCCAUCCAUCCAUCUGUGCUGAAGAAUUCUGGGAAUUGAAGUCCCCUCUUUCUGAAAGCAGCCAAGGGGGUUAGAGAGAUAAAUAGGGGGGAGAUCCUUUCAGGAAGGGGUGGGUAGCCAGAGCCAAGAGACAACUUUGCCAACUCCUGGGGUGGCGAUCCCUUGAAAGACUUUGGACGGUGGUGGUGGCACCCAGGGGAGGGAGCAGUGCCCGACUCGCCACUAGCCACACGGGGGCUCCAGCGAUGCAGACGAACCUGGGGACGGCGCUGCUCACCUUGGCUCUGUGGGUGCUUUGCUCACCUGGGCUGAGCACAGAAGGUAAACGGAAGCUGCAGAUUGGAGUCAAAAAGCGAGUGGACAAUUGUCCCAUCAAGUCCCGCAAAGGCGACGUGCUCCACAUGCAUUACACGGGAAAACUGGAAGACGGGACGGAGUUUGACAGCAGCUUAACUCGCGAUCAGCCCUUCAUCUUCUCCUUGGGCACCGGACAAGUCAUCAAAGGCUGGGAACAAGGCUUGCUCGGGAUGUGUGAAGGCGAGAAAAGGAAGUUAGUCAUCCCUUCAGAGCUCGGUUACGGAGAUCGGGGAGCACCGCCCAAAAUCCCAGGCACUCCAGCACCCACGAAGACCUGCUGGUGUGCCGGAAAGCUGGCGCAGGUUGCGUGCCGACAGAGAGGGCUCCGCUUGCCACCUGUGGCACGCCUGCCCUAGAUUUGCCGUCACGGUACUAGCCAUUUCUAUACCAUCCAGUUGGCAAAACCCAAAAUCAAAGUUGCGUGUGUUGUUGUCCCCCCCCCCCAAACCUCAAGCACAAAGUCCAGAAACGGUUUCCAAGUAGAAACAAAACGAACUGGCGUUCUUUUCAUCAAAGCGAGUCAAUUCAGCCCUAUCGGCGAACUCCCAUCAACUUUUGCGGCCAUUCGUCCAUGCUGGAAAUUAAAAUAAUCCUUCCAUU